GAAGGGGCUCAAGUCAUCAUCACUUCACUUGACUUCAUCCAAGAACCUGCAACCUGUAAAACCCAAUCAUCAACGAACUCAUCAUAGGAAACCAACUCGACAGAAGAACCAGAUAUUGCUUCUCAUUCGCGCGUUCACAGCUGAUCUGCUCAAAGAAGACGGAACUUGCGUGUAAUCGAUUCGACCAUCUGACUGGUUAACUACUCAUCGGAGCUACACUGACAGCUUAAUCUUUGUUGACGUCAUGACAAGCCGCGCGGAACUGAUCGCUUGGGUCAAUGACCUACUUCAAUUUAACUACACUAAAAUCGAGCAAUGUGGAAGUGGUGCCGCUUACGCCCAAAUCAUCGAUUCAAUCUACCAGGAUGUGCCAUUAGCACGAAUAAAAAUGAACGCCAAUCAGGAGUAUGAAUACUUGAAUAAUUUCAAAGUCAUACAAGCAGCAUUCAAAAAACACCAGAUCGAUAAACCCGUCCCUGUGACAGCUUUGAUCAAGUGCAAGAUGCAGGAUAACCUUGAAUUUCUACAGUGGCUCAAAAAGUAUUGGGAUAUGCACUACCCCGGCGGACAGUACGAUGCAGUAGCCAGACGAAAAGGCGCGCCUGCGGACCCGAACCCAUUGAUCGCGGCCGCAGCUCCAGUGAAGACUUCUUCCAAUGGUGCUGCUCGAACUGGUAAAACCUUAGGAAUGUCAACUGGAAUGGGCGCAAGGGCUACUAGUAGAACGGGUAAUACACUUGGAACUCAGAAAGAAAUCGAAAAUUUGACGACUCAGUUGGAGGAAUUUAAACUCAGUAUGGAAGGAUUGGAAAAAGAACGUGACUUUUACUUCAAUAAAUUGCGGGACAUCGAAAUUUUGAUCGGUGCUAGGGUGGAUUCUAAAGACGGAAACGUAUCAGAAACCGAGAUGGAAAACUUAAAACAGAUGCAGGCAAUUUUAUAUUCAACAGAGGAGGGAUUCGAAGUGCCUGAAGUGGAUGCUGGACUGGUUGAUGAAGAAGAAACGUUUUAAAACGGGUUGCAGAAAAAGUUUUUAAUCAAUCAACAGAAAUCGGUCCUACUUCUUCUAUCACCGCUCACAUCCUUUUCAAGUCUACUUUAUUUCCCUUUUUUUUGCUGGCUUAUUAUACUCGUUUAAACUUGGAAGCUCUCAAGAACCAUGCGCAAUAAAGCUUGAUAUUUCACAUUUCAUUUUAUAUCUUUAUUAUUUUCAUCAAAAAAGUUGUAACAUUUCAACCCCACCCUUCAUUUACCUUUUUUUUCAGACUUCUUUACUUUUCACCUUUUUAGCGCUUGCCUUGAUAUUUUCAUUGUUGAUACAUGUUAACUUGUCUCCAUUUUCUUUCUUCCCUCCUCCAAGCUUGGUUUUUUUGUUGGCCUUCGAGAAAAGAAUAAUCAACCCAAAACACACACACACACACACACA